AAAGAAAAAUCAAAAGAACCUUACUGCUUAGAUUGUGGUGAGGAUGAAAAUAAACAAGGAAAAAUGUUUGAAGAUAUAAAAGAUGAUUUUUUUGUUUUUCAAGAAACGAAUAAACUUAUAGAAGAAUAUCUUUUAGAAUUUGCUAAGGAAGAAGAGCAGAAAACUAAUCGCACUCCGGAAGAAGAACAAGAAUUAGAGAAUUUAAGAAAAAAACUAAGAGAAUUAGAGAAAAGGUUAAAUCAAAAAACUGAGCAAAAAGAUAAUUCCAAAUUAAUUUUAGGAUUAGGAAUGGGGGUUUUAG